AAGGGGUCUUCAACUCAAACAUUUAGAAAGAUGGAAAUCAAUAGAGAUAAAUUUAAAUCAGAAAUUGUCAAGUUAACGCAAGAUAUUGCAAAUAUUCAACAAGUCCAAGAUUCUCUCGAUGCUGCUCUAGUGACCUUACAAGAAGCCGGUGACCAAAAGAACUCUUUCGAUGGUAUUGUUUGUCAUGACAACUGCCAUCUUACAUAUACAAACAAUCCUGGAACUGACUACUUCAAAGAUUGCGCUUGUAUGCUUUUUAACAAGGCAUGUAUUAAAUGCGGAUGCGGACCUCUGAGUCAUUUUCACGAUAAUGUCAAAUUAAUUGAAGAAACAAAAACAAUCGAUAGUAUUCUUGAAGAUAUUGACAAAGAAAAUGGCGAUACGGACAAACAGUAUCAAGAAGAUAGCGAUGAUACAUACAAGUACCAGGUAUCCAUUGAAACUCUUCAGGCCGCUACUAAUAGCAAAUACGAACACAUCCAUAAAUUUUGUCACGAUUUAAGUAAAAAUUGUAUUACAUUUAAUUUUACUGACGAACUUCAUGCAAAUAUUGAGAGUAUGAAACAAGAUGCGAAAAUACUGCAGAGUUCUGGUUUGCGAAAGAUCGCCGAAGCACAGAUCGAAAGACUCGAAAAAUUGGCGA